GUCAUGUAGGAAAUUGUAAAUCAUGUGAAGAUGGGACUCUUGGUGUUUGUGCGCAACUUGCUGCUAGCCCUCUGCCUCUUUCUGGUACUGGGAUUUUUGUAUUACUCCGCGUGGAAGCUGCAUUUACUCCAGUGGGAGGACUCCAAUUCAAUGGUUCUUUCCUUUGACUCCGCUGGACAAACUCUAGGCUCAGGGGAAGAGCGUCUCUGCACGUCCAUCCUGUGUUCUGGUGAAGAUGCCGGGCCUCGUGCUGGGGUUGCCACCUUGAUGACCAUGAAUAAACGUCCAGAGUACGAUCGAUUGGGUUUCCUCCUAAAGCUGGACUCUAAACUGCCUGCUGAGUUAGCCACCAAGUACGCAAACUUUUCAGAGGGAGCUUGCAAGCCAGGCUAUGCCUCAGCCUUGAUGACCGCCAUCUUCCCCCGGUUCUCCAAGCCAGCACCCAUGUUCCUGGAUGACUCCUUUCGCAAAUGGGCUAGGAUCCGGGAAUUUGUGCCGCCUUUUGGGAUCAAAGGUCAAGAUAAUCUGAUCAAAGCCAUCUUGUCAGUCACCAAAGAGUACCGCCUGACUCCUGCCUUGGACAGCCUCCGCUGCCGCCGUUGCAUCAUCGUGGGCAAUGGAGGUGUCCUUGCCAACAAGUCCUUGGGGUCACGAAUUGACGACUACGACAUCGUGGUCAGACUGAACUCAGCGCCAGUGAAAGGCUUUGAGAAGGACGUGGGCAGCAAAACCACACUGCGCAUCACCUACCCCGAGGGUGCCAUGCAGCGGCCAGAGCAGUACGAGCGUGAUUCUCUCUUUGUCCUCGCGGGCUUCAAGUGGCAGGACUUCAAGUGGUUGAAGUACAUCGUCUACAAGGAGAGAGUGAGCGCAUCAGAUGGCUUCUGGAAGUCUGUGGCCACUCGAGUACCCAAGGAGCCCCCUGAGAUUCGCAUCCUCAACCCAUAUUUCAUCCAGGAGGCCGCCUUCACCCUCAUCGGACUGCCCUUCAACAAUGGCCUCAUGGGCCGGGGGAACAUCCCAACCCUCGGCAGUGUGGCGGUGACUAUGGCACUACACGGCUGUGACGAGGUGGCAGUGGCGGGCUUUGGCUACGACAUGAGCACACCCAACGCACCCCUGCACUACUAUGAGACUGUGCGCAUGGCAGCCAUCAAAGAGUCCUGGACACACAACAUCCAACGGGAGAAGGAGUUCUUGCGGAAGCUGGUGAAGGCGCGUGUCAUCACUGACCUGACCAGUGGCAUCUGAGUGGGGCAAGCAGCAGUCGCCGCCACCUGCACAGGAGACUUCAGACCCAGAGAAGGACAGUGCCAAGGGGCCCCACGGGCAGCAGGGCCUGGGUGGGGCCGCCAGAGCUCUGCCUGCUCCGAGGCCAGGCCCAGAGACCAGCACUCAGGCUCACUCAGCCUGGGGCCUUGAAGCCAGAGGGCCAGAAAGCUGCUAACUGUGUGCAGCAGGUCCAGCAUCCAGGAGAUAGGGACAUAAGCAGCAAGACUGCUGCCAGAAUUAUUUCUCCAAUCAGUGUUUGGUGUAUUAUCAUUUUGUGAAUUUGGGUAGGGGGGAGGGUGGGGAUAAUUUAUUUUUAAAUAAGGUUGGAGAUGUCAAGGUUGGUCCACUUGCCGUGCAGAAAGGGGCCCAUUAAAGGGCCUGUCAGGCAAAUGGUACCAGGAAGCUAUUUGGAGAAUGCAAGAGCCGUGAUCACCUGUACCCUGCGCCAGGGCUACCGGGAGGUGAGCAGGAUUCCGUGCCAGCUCCCUCAAGCUCAGAUACUGUUCGGCCUUCCUUGCGGAGAAGGUGAAGUAUUCCCACUCACCAGCCCCUAGCUGCCCCAUAGGAAAAUCCUGGAGCCAUCCCUUCGGAGCCAAUAAGACAGCCCAUGGGCUCGAGCAGAGAGCUUUACAGCUCAGGAAGUAAAGCCCAGCCCAGCUGGUGGGAAUGGCUCCUCUCGCCAGCUGUGACUGAUCUGCGGGACAGUGCCCCAGUCUGGACUGGCCAACCUGUCAGAUGUCCUUGGCCUCAGCAAUGAGUCUGCCAGGCCCUUGGGUUCUGCCUUUAGCCUGGACCAGAGGGAAGUAAGACCCAAGGACCUUGCCAGGCCCUGGCAGCCAUCCCAGGCAGCCCUCGUGGAAGCAAUAAAGCUCUUCCCUGAACCUG